UGCGUGGAGGGCGGCCCGGGGUGCGGCUUGAGCUCGCCAGGGCGGCCCACCUCUCGCCGGCCCCUCCCCGGCCCUGACCCCCAGCAGGUCCCUCCUCAGCUCGGUGUUGAGGUGAAUGCCAUGGCCGAGGCUUGGGGAAGUCUCGUAGAUGGUGUUCUCCAAGCUCUAAGGAAGAAGUCAAGCAAGGAUCGAGGGGCCCAGGAGAGGAGACUUUCUUAAAUGACAACAAUGACAAGAGACAGUUGGUCCCACAGUGCUCUGAGACAAGAGGGCCUUGUUAAAGGGAAGGAUGAUACUUGGAAAUGGGGAACCAGCUUCCAAGGGAGCAGCUCUUCUGUUUGGGAGACCUCCCACCUGCACUUUAGACAGUUACGUUACCAUGAGACAUCUGGACCCCAGGAGGCACUGAGCCGACUCAGGGAGCUCUGUCGCCGGUGGCUGAGACCAGAAGCACGCACCAAGGCCCAAAUCCUGGAGCUGCUGGUGCUGGAGCAGUUCCUGAGCAUCCUGCCUGGAGAGAUACGGACCUGGGUGCAGAUCCAUCGCCCCGGGAGUGGUGAGGAGGCUGUGGCCCUGGUAGAGGAGCUGCAGAAAGACCUUGAUGGGCCAGCACUAAAAGUUCCAGUCCUUGUCCAGGACCAGGACACUGCCCAGGAGGGGAUGAGCACUCCAGGAAUAGCACUUCAUACACCCACUGGCAGCCACAUAUCAGCUGAAAUUUGCUCAAAUCCUCUUACUGACCCAGUGGUGUUCAGCUUGCUCCAGGAUCCUCAGCAUGAUUCUCCUGCCCCUGAAGCUUCUACCCUUUCCCAGGAAGAGAACCCAAGAAAUCAGUUAAUGGCUCUGAUGCUUCUGACAGCCCAGCCUCAGGAAUUGGUGAUGUUUGAGGAGGUAUCAGUGUGCUUUACUUCGGAGGAAUGGGCCUGCCUGGGCCCAAUUCAGAGGGCCUUGUACUGGGAUGUGAUGCUGGAGAAUUAUGGAAAUGUGACUUCCUUAGAAUGGGAGACCAUGACUGAGAAUGAGGAGGUGACAUCAAAGUCAAGCAUAUCUCAAAGAGCAGAUUCUCAGAAAGGAACAUCAAAAAGACUUCAAGGAGGUGUACCCAAGGUUCUUGAUUUUGAGGAAGAUUGUGAAUGGCAGGUUUUGGCAAGUCAGUGGGGAAAUGAAACAAGGGAAAGAAAUACACUGAAGAAAGUUUCCCUUUUUGAACAAGACAAGAAGAAAAGGACUCUACCAGAAAGACCAAGCCAAAAGUGGAAGGAAUUUGGAGAGAGCUUGACUUUAGAUUCUGCUCUUUCUGAAAGUUCAGUAGGCACCGAAGGAAAGAAGUUAAAUAAAUGUGAUAUAUGUUAUAAGCAUUUCAAUAAAAUCUCCCAUCUUAUAAACCAUCGGAGAAUCCACACUGGGGAGAAGCCUCAUAAGUGUAAAGAGUGUGGAAAAGGCUUUAUUCAGCGCUCAAGCCUUCUAAUGCAUUUACGGAACCAUUCUGGAGAGAAGCCUUAUAAAUGUAAUGAAUGUGGGAAAGCCUUCUCUCAAAGUGCUUACCUUCUAAACCAUCAGAGAAUCCACACAGGGGAGAAACCCUAUAAAUGUAAGGAGUGUGGAAAGGGCUUCUAUAGGCAUUCAGGCCUUAUUAUACAUCUAAGGCGCCAUUCUGGGGAGAGACCUUAUAAAUGUAAUGAGUGUGGGAAAGUUUUCUCUCAAAAUGCUUACCUCAUUGACCACCAGAGGCUCCAUAAAGGAGAAGAACCUUAUAAAUGUAACAAGUGUCAGAAAGCUUUCAUUCUGAAGAAGAGCCUCAUUCUGCACCAAAGAAUUCACUCUGGGGAAAAGCCCUAUAAAUGUGACGAGUGCGGAAAAACCUUUGCCCAGACCACUUACCUUGUUGACCAUCAGCGGCUCCACAGUGCAGAGAACCCGUAUAAAUGCAAAGAAUGUGGGAAAGUUUUCAUUCGAAGCAAAAGCCUCCUCUUACACCAGAGAGUUCACACAGAAAAGAAGACCUUUGGUUGUAAAAAGUGUGGGAAGAUUUUUACUUGUAAGUCAAACCUCAUCGACCACAAGAGGAUGCACAGCAGAGAGAAGCCUUACAAGUGUACUGAGUGCGGGAAAGCCUUCACCCAGAGCGCUUACCUUUUUGACCAUCAGAGACUCCACAAUGGCGAGAAGCCCUACGAAUGUAAUGAAUGUGGGAAAGUUUUCAUUCUGAAAAAGAGCCUUAUUUUACAUCAGAGGUUCCACACUGGAGAGAAUCUCUACGAAUGUAAAGACUGUGGCAAGGUGUUUGGUUCUAACAGAAACCUCAUUGACCACGAGAGACUCCACAAUGGGGAGAAGCCCUAUGAAUGUCGAGAGUGUGGAAAAACCUUCAUUAUGAGCAAAAGUUUCAUGGUCCAUCAGAAGCUCCAUACACAGGAGAAAGCCUACAAAUGUGAGGACUGUGGGAAGGCUUUCAGUUACAAUUCAAGCCUGCUUGUUCAUAGGAGGAUCCACACCGGGGAAAAGCCCUUUGAAUGCAGUGAGUGUGGAAGAGCUUUCAGUUCUAACAGAAACCUCAUUGAACAUAAGAGAAUCCACAGUGGUGAGAAACCCUAUGAGUGUAAUGAGUGUGGCAAAUGCUUCAUCCUGAAGAAAAGCCUCAUUGGACAUCAGAGGAUUCACACAAGGGAAAAGUCUUACAAAUGCAACGACUGUGGUAAGGUCUUCAGCUACCGCUCAAACCUUACAGCCCAUCAGAGAAUCCACACUGGUGAGAAGCCCUAUGCAUGUAAUGAGUGUGGGAAAGGCUUUACUUACAACAGAAAUCUUAUUGAACAUCAAAGAAUUCACAGUGGGGAAAAAACCUAUGAAUGUCAUAUAUGUAGAAAAGUCCUUACCUCUAGUAGAAAUCUUAUGGUGCAUCAAAGAAUCCAUACUGGAGAGAAACCUUAUAAAUGUAAUGAGUGUGGGAAAGACUUCAGUCAGAAUAAAAACCUUGUUGUACAUCAGAGAAUGCACACUGGGGAAAAACCAUAUGAGUGUGAAAAGUGUAGAAAAUCUUUCACUUCUAAGAGGAAUUUAGUUGGCCACCAGAGAAUCCACACAGGGGAGAAACCAUAUGGGUGUAAUGAUUGUAGUAAAGUUUUUAGGCAAAGAAAAAACCUAACUGUACAUCAGAAAAUUCAUACAGAUGAAAAAAACUGUGAAUGUGAUGAGUCUGAAAAAGAAUUCUCUCAGACUUCAAACCUUCAUCUUCAACAGAAAAUCCAUUCUGUGGAGGAAUUCUCUUGGCUUCAAAAUGCCAAUGAGUCCAAGAUAGAGAUUCAGAAAAUCUAAUAUUAUAUGCAAAAUGAAAUAGAAUUCCUGACUCUUUAAGUACCUGUUGGAUGAAUGGUAGCAUAUGGUUUUUAUAAGGGAAAAGAAUCAUGAUUGACCCUUUUAUAGACAAGUAUGUUGCAUGAGGAAGAAAGUUAAUCUAGACGUUCAAGACUACAGAAACAUAAACCAAAUUCUAAUUAAAAGGUACUCUGCUCCAGACCAUUUGUUAUGACCCUAGAAAAGGACUUUGGGGCAAUUGAAGAUUCUGAAGAAAUUGGGUUCUGUCUUACAAGAUGUAAUGAUGUCAUUGUAAAUGAUAGCAAAAAUAUCUUUGUAUUAAAAAGUGGACAUUUUUGAAAAAAUACAUUUGUACAUUUUAAAGAUAGUAUCACUAGUACAGAAAGUGCGUAGACAGUAUGAUUAAGACAUAUCAAACGUGGAGUUGGGUGGGCAAGAGUCUGCUGCUUGAGGACAACUUAAGAAGAACACUGGAUUUAGAAUUAGAAAACCUAGGUUUGGGUCCUGGCUCUUUCUCAUUCUAGCUCGGUGAUGCUAAGUCAGCCUCUAUGUCUCAGUUUCUCUGUUAGUCAAAUAUUGGCAUAAUGCCUACCUCAUAUGGUGGUUGUGAGGAUUGAGUGAGAGGAUCAUUGUCAAAGUACUUUAUGAAAUAAUUUAAUUGUCAAUAAAGUUGGAUAAGAGAGGUAUGGUCAAAGUUCAGAACAUGGCAUAAUGUGUUUGUACAUUAAGUUAGUAUUAGGACUUUGUGAACCUCAAAAGAUGCGUUUUUAUAGUAAGAGGAAGGAUGGUGAAUAGCUAACUUUGGAAUAUAGUACUCUAAAAAGACUUUAAAAACAGCUUUUAAAAUGUGUAAGGGAAAUAACAGAUAAUAUACCUAGUUUUUAUGAAAAAGGUAUUGGCUUAUUAAAUAUUUUGUCCAGCCAUUAACAUGAUGCCAAGAAAAACAAUUUAUUUUUCAACCUUCGAAUUUGAAGCCUAGCAGAUGUAGAGUGUCAAAAUGAAAGGACAGUCCUAUGUUGCUUUCCUUGUUCACAGGAGAAAAUCCUUAACCUCAGCCCCUGAGCUGAUUAUCCCUGCUACUGCCAUUCUCAGUUGUAAUCAUGAUUGCUGACAUACAAAUAACUUGUUACUCAAGAAGCAACAUUCUGUCCUAGCAGUCAACUUACUACAUGAGUUUUUCACACAAAGCCAAGCCUUUCAAAGCCCUGAUUCAACCAAUUCAGAAUCCACCUCGGGUGGUCAGGCCCACAUACUCCCAGCGAACCAGUCAUUCAUUUGGUCUGUACCCUUUUGUACAUUUGUAAAUUUAAUUCUUCCUGUAUCCUUGAUUUCAUAAUUUUAUGUUGUGAUUCUCAAAAUUCCAAUUCUGUCGCUGGAAUAUAAAUACGUUAAUAUUAGGAUUGUGUUUUUUUAAUACUAGCAGCAUUGAAUGGUGUGUUGAUGAUAAUGUUAUUAAUUCAACUCCAAAGUUCCUUGAGGGCUGGUUCCUCAUUCGACUCAAGAGUGAAAGGGCCGAGAGUGAAAACUGGAAGGGACCCAGGUUAAAAGUCUUGAGACCUGGGUAUGAGUCAGCUGCUGCCACUUUUCCUUGGACAAAUGCCUUCAUUUCUUGGAGCCUUGAUUUCCUCAUCUGUUAAGCAAGAGGGAGAAUAUCUACCUCACCGAGUUGUUAUGAGGUAAUGAAUAUGAAGAUGCUUUAUGUCCAUACUGAAGAAGAAUCACCCCAGACUGUGUAAUAAUUACAGAGAGAGAGAGGUACUUUAACAAUGGAGAGAGCUGGCAUUUACUGCCUAAUCAUUUUAACAAAAUGUAACAUCACUAAAAGACAGAGACAACUCUCAUGAUGUACCUUCACUUGUGAUGCAAUAAGCCAAAAGUAUAACCUGGAUUUACCUAGCUACUUAGACCUGAUUGCCAGUUUCCAGGAAAUACAGGAGGCAGAGGAACAGGAUAAAAGAUACCAUGAGUUACAAAUUCAGAACAUGGGCUAUUGUGUGAGAAAAUUACACUGGAUUCUUCAAAAAGAUAUGGUGGAAAAGGGAGGGGGUAACAAUUGUUGAUGCUGGGUGUGUAAUGAGAGUUCAUUGUACUUUUGUAUAUGUAUGAAAUUUUCCAUAAUGAGAAGUAUAAUGGAGGCUGUUUUUUUUUUUAAUGGAGGUGUUUAACAUAGGACCUUGUGCAUGAUAAGCAUGAACUCUGCCACUGAGCUAUACCCUCCCCACUGAUGGGUUUGUUUUUAAAAGAUUAACUAGAGCCAUAAGAUACUGAGCCAGGAAUGGACUCACACAAAUGCCCAACUGAUUUUUGACAAAGGUGCAAAAGCAAUUCAGUAGAGGAGAGAUAGCCUUUCAACAAAUGCUGCUGGAGCAAUUGCCUAUCCAUAGGCAAAAAAAAUUCAGGAACUAAGACUAAGCAAAGAACUCGUAGACUUAAGCAAAGUAUGCUCCAUUAAAGGAAAAAAAUGAUAAAUUGAACCUCAUCAAAAUUAAAAUAAUUUUCUUUGCAAAAGACUAAAGAGGAUGAAAAGGCAUUACAUGCUGGAAGAAAAUAUUUGCAAAUCAUAUCCAACGGAGGAUUAGUAUCUAAACUAGAUAAAGAAUUUUCAAAUCUCAAAAGUAAUAAAUAGAUCCAAUUUGAAAACAGUCAAAAGACAUGAACAGACAUUUCACCAAAGUAUAGUUGGCAAAUGAGCAAAUGAAAAAGGUGUUCAACAUCAUUAGCCAUUAGGGAAAUGCAAGUUAAUAAUCUGCACAGCUCUCAAAAAAGUGUUUUAAAGAAGUGAAAAGUAGUGUUAACACCAAAUGCUGGCAAAGAUGCAAAGGAACUGGAUCUUUUAUGUUGCCAGGAAUGAGAAAUGGUACAGCCACUCGGGGAUAAUUGGGCAGUUUCUUAGGAAACCAAAUAUGCACUUACAUAUGACCCAGUAUUUGCACUUCUGAGCAUUUAUCUUAGAAAUGAAAACUAUUCACACAAACCUGUAGGUGACUGUUACUAGGAGUUUUAUUUGUAGUAGUUAAAAUCUGUAAGUAAAACCCAGAUGUCCUUCAACGGGUCAUUCAAACUGCAGUAUAUAGCAUGGAAUACUUUUUACUGUGCAAUAAAACAAUGACCUAUUGAUACCUGCAAUGACUCAAGUGCACUUCAAGAGAAUUAUGCUGAGUGAAAAAAUCCAAUCUCAAAAGGUCAUAUACUGUAUGAUUACAUCUAUAUAAUAUUCUAAAAUGACAAAAGUAUAGAGAUGAAAAACAGAUUACUGGUUGCCAGAGGUUGGGGAUGGUGAGAGGGAGCUGGGGAAGAGGGAGGGGUAGCCCUUGGGAAGGUCUUGGUGGUGUUGGAACAGUUGUGUCUGUUGAUUGUGAUGGUGGUUACACAAAUCCACACUCAAUAAAACUGUGUGGAAGUGUACACACACUUGUA